UCUCGCGAAAAACCGUAAACACUGGAGGACAUGGACUGCUGAAUAUAACCUAUCAUCGGUUAAACCAGCUUUUGAGCGCGCAUUCUUGAUUGUCAGGUGGCGGGGUGCGCGUAAAGACGCACAGGCGUGACUUCGCGUGUGCAGAGCCGAAGAGCCUUUGUCUGCAGGUGUCCCACAGAGCCCAGGGGAGCCACGGGGGAGUUACUGGCCGCGGCAUCGAUAGCUUCAAAUGCAAUAUGAUGGAUCGAUGGAGCGCAGUGCGCGAGACGUGGCUGCUGUUAGUGCUUGUUGCAGCGUUUUACACCUCAAGGGCAGCCAAUCCCAUUGAUGUCCUGAAGGUCCUGGAGCUGUCAGAGGACAUGGAAGGUGUGUCGCUGGAGGCAGGUUUGUGCACCAGCAGAGAAGGCAGAGAGGAGACGGACCUCUCAUUUAAAAUCAACAAGAAGAUACAACUGAGUGUGCCUACUAGGCAACUCUUCCCUGAUUCGUCAUUCCCAGUGAAUUUCUCAGUGAUGACAACAGUCAGAGCUGUAAAAAGCUCACAGGUCUUUCUUCUCUCCCUGUAUGAUUCGCAGGGCACACAGCAGCUGGGUAUAGAGAUCGCUCGUUCUCCUGUCUUCCUGUAUGAGGACCAUGAGGGUCAACCACCUCCAGAACUUUACCCCACCUUUAGAAAGAUCAACCUGGCUGAUGGCAAGUGGCACAGGGUAGCAUACAGGGUGGAGGGCCAGUCAGUGACUCUUUACCUGGACUGUGACGAGGUGGACACCCUGGACCUGCUCAGAGGUCAUGACCCCCACAUUAGCACUGAGGGUGUUACUGUGUUUGGAACUCGCCUGCUGGAUGAAGGCGUGUUUGAGGGAGACAUCCAGCAGCUGCUGAUCAUCAGUGACCCUGGGGCUGCAGAGACAUACUGUCAGGACUACAUCCCAGACUGUGAUGCACCUUUGCCCUACGACAGCAUAUUACCAGUGGAUGAGGAGGUGGAGAGAGUGCCUAAGAAACAUGUGGUCGAAGAGUUUGAGGAGUUUGACUAUAGCGACCCCUAUGACGACACCUCUGUUUCUAUGGUGACCGCAGGUCCUAAUGUCACUGAGUAUGAGAUAGUAGAGUACGAAUACUAUGACAACACUACAGAUUACAACAACGAGUAUGAAUAUGAGGAAGAAUACGAUGAACGCUAUGGGCCAGCAGAGAGAGAACGGGAAUACACCAUCGCUGCACAGGACAUACCAGAGAAAGGACAGAAAGGUGAACCAGGCUAUUUAGGAGCGGGAACCCUGAUCACAGGACCACAUGGGCCUCCAGGACCCGAGGGACAACAGGGACCUCCUGGACUCACAGGUCCAGUAGGACCUCGAGGAGACCCCGGGGAGCUGGGCCCUCCAGGGCGACCAGGUCUUAAUGGAGCUGAUGGGAUCCAAGGACCCCCAGGAAACAUCAUGCUCAUACCGUUUCAGUCAGGUGGUGAUCCAAGGACAGGCACUGGGGUCUCAGCACAGGAGGCGCAGGCUCAGGCCAUCCUGCAGCAGACCAAGCUGGCUAUGAAAGGACCUCCAGGGCCACUUGGCCUUAGGGGAAGACCUGGACCACUGGGUGCACCAGGUCCUUCUGGGCUGAAGGGGUCGACUGGAGAUACGGGGCCACCGGGUCCUCCAGGACUUACAGGUAUUCCAGGUCAGAAUGGACGACAUGGGAAAAGGGGUCGAGCGGGUGCAGAUGGUGUCCGUGGUGCAAUAGGAGAGCCUGGAGCAAAGGGGGAUCGAGGGUUUGAUGGCUUGCCUGGGCUCCCUGGACACAAAGGGCAUAAAGGGGACAGGGGAAAGCCAGGCCCUGUAGGUCCUCCAGGAGAACCAGGAGAAAAGGGCUCAGAGGGCCCACCUGGGCCAAGAGGACAACCAGGUGAUGCUGGUCUGAGAGGCCUGACUGGCUCCAGAGGUCGUUCUGGUCCCCUAGGCCAGUCUGGAAUUCGAGGAAUUGAUGGGGCUCAAGGUUCAAAGGGAAACAUAGGACCACCAGGAGAAAUUGGAGCACCUGGACAGCAAGGCAACCCUGGAAUACUGGGUUUCCCUGGUCCUCAGGGGUUAGUGGGGCUGCCAGGAGAGAAGGGGCCUCAAGGGAAGAAAGGGAUGCAGGGCUUACCUGGGAAUGAUGGGCCCCCAGGUCAUUCUGGAAGGGAAGGUACGCCAGGUGAAAAGGGAGUGCCAGGUCCUCCUGGAGUGCAGGGUCCUGUUGGAUACCCUGGACAACGAGGAGUUAAGGGAGCAGACGGCAUCAGAGGAUUAAAGGGAAGCAAAGGCGAGAAGGGGGAGGAUGGUUUCCCUGGGUCCAAGGGGGAGAUGGGAGCAAAGGGGGAUGUUGGAGACAAUGGUCCUCCAGGCGGCAGAGGAGAAGAUGGGCCUGAGGGGCCAAAAGGUCAAUUGGGUCCUCUAGGAGAAACUGGCCCUUCUGGUUCACCUGGAGAGAAGGGGAAACUGGGAGUUCCUGGGUUGCCAGGAUAUCCGGGGCGACAAGGGUCGAAGGGUUCUGAAGGUUUUCCUGGUGCAGUGGGAGCUACAGGAGAGAAAGGGAAAAAAGGUCCUGCAGGACAGCCAGGCGCCGCAGGCCAGAGGGGUCCAAAUGGUGCCCGCGGUGCCAGGGGGGCUAGAGGCCCGACAGGGAAAUCAGGAGAAAAGGGUGCAUCAGGUCAUGAUGGGCCCCCGGGCUCUCCUGGGGAAAGGGGACCUCAGGGCCUUCAAGGAAGAAACGGAGAGCCGGGACCUAAAGGAUCAAGUGGUCUAGCUGGGAAGGAUGGACUUCCAGGUCACCCAGGUCAAAGAGGAGAGCCGGGAUUCCAAGGGAAGACGGGACCCACUGGACCCUCGGGUGUUGUGGGGCCACAGGGAAAAUCAGGAGAGUCUGGCCCAACAGGCGACCGAGGUCACCCAGGGGUACCAGGGGUACCCGGAGAGCAUGGUUUACCUGGGGUUGCUGGGAAGGAAGGUGGAAAGGGUGAUCCAGGUUUACCUGGGACAUCUGGGAAGAAUGGUCCUCCAGGACUGAAAGGAUUCAGGGGCAGCAGAGGAGCCCCUGGAGCCAUGGGACCUCCAGGCCUGAAAGGAGGGUCAGGACCUACUGGAUCCUCAGGACCCAUAGGGCCGACAGGAGAAAGGGGCCCUCCAGGUGCAGCUGGUGCCAUCGGACAGCCCGGUCGGAGCGGACCGAUUGGAGGACCUGGACCAAUGGGAGAGAAGGGCGAGCCUGGAGACAAGGGUCCUGUUGGACCAGCAGGUCAGGAUGGAGACCAGGGACCUGUAGGGAUGCUUGGAGCUACAGGCCCUGCAGGACCCUCGGGAGAUGACGGGGAUAAGGGAGAGCAGGGACAACCUGGACAGAAAGGCAGCAAAGGAGACAAAGGGGAAGCAGGCCCUCCAGGCCCCACUGGCAUUCAAGGGCCCGUCGGUCAGCCAGGGCUCCCGGGUCUGGAUGGACAGCCAGGUCCCCGCGGCCAGCAGGGCAUGUACGGUCCAAAAGGAGAUGAGGGAUUCCGUGGUUUCAAGGGCUCCACAGGGCCAGUGGGAUUACAGGGUAUGCCUGGCCUGCCCGGAGAAAAGGGUGAGAGCGGCCAUGUGGGACUAAUGGGCCCACCUGGGCAACAAGGUCCCGCUGGUGCUCAGGGGCCUAUUGGGGGACAGGGUCCGACAGGUCGAACAGGGAUGGUAGGACAGCCAGGUAUUGUUGGAGAGAAGGGGGAGGAUGGUGAAGCAGGUGACCCUGGACCAGUUGGUGUUUCAGGAAAGCCAGGGGGAAAAGGAGAUCAGGGGGAGAAGGGAGACACAGGCUCUUCAGGCGCAGCUGGUCCUUCGGGAGCCAGGGGCCCACCAGGGGAGGACGGACCCAAGGGCAAUGCUGGUCCUAUAGGUCUCACUGGGGACAUCGGGCAGCAGGGAGAGUCUGGACCCAAUGGUUUGGAUGGUCUGCCCGGAUCUAAAGGAGACACAGGAGAGCCUGGAAAAUCUGGCCCACCAGGAGCACCAGGAGAACCUGGACCACCUGGACCUCCUGGACGAAGGGGCCACUUGGGUAAACCAGGAAAGGAAGGAAAGUCAGGUCUGAAAGGAUCAAAGGGUACUCCCGGGUUAGAAGGUCUCGUUGGGAAAAAGGGGCCUGUGGGUGGUCAGGGGCACCCUGGGAAGCCAGGCCCUCAAGGUUUAAGAGGAAUCCCUGGCCCUGCAGGUGAGCAAGGUUUAAAUGGACCACCGGGCCAGACAGGACCACCAGGUCCCAUGGGUCCUCCAGGAUUACCAGGGCUGAAAGGAGACCCUGGCAGGAAGGGAGACAAGGGUCACGGUGGUCUAAUAGGCUUGAUAGGGCCACCAGGAGACAUUGGAGAGAAGGGCGACAGAGGACUGCCAGGAAACCAGGGGCUACCUGGUCCAAAAGGAGAUGAGGGUCCAGUCGGCCCCGCAGGUCUACCCGGUCCCCCUGGCCUCACGGGUUUGUCUGGUGCUAUUGGUCUAAAGGGCUCUAAAGGAAGCCAGGGUCCGAUUGGCCCCAGAGGAGACACUGGGCCAGCAGGGCCUCCAGGACCACCAGGAAUACCAGCGGCUGUGAUAGCCCCGCUGCCAGAGCGAGGAAGGAGAAGAAGAACACACAACUUGGUGGAUGGUGCUGGCCAUGAAGAGGAGAAGGAGGAUGCAGUAGAUGGAGGAGAGGAAGAAUGGAUGCAAGGAGACCAGGCGGAGCAGAACAGCUGGGCGAAGGAGAAAAAAGGCCGAGGCAUGGAGGAAGUGUUUGCAUCUCUGUCCUCUAUGAAACUGGAAGUUGAGGGUCUGCGCAACCCUCAAGGGACAUACCACAGCCCCGCCCGCACCUGCAAGGAGCUCUGGCUCCUCCACCCAGAGCUCCCCAAUGGUGAGUACUGGAUAGAUCCCAACCAGGGCUGCUAUAGAGACUCCUUCAAGGUGUUUUGUAACUUCACAGCACAGGGAGAGACAUGUCUGUAUCCUGACAAGAAGUUGCAGUCGGUAAAGUUAGCAGCCUGGAAAGGGGAAAAGCCCAGCACCUGGUACAGUAAAUUCAGGAAAGGAAAACAGUUUACCUACUUCGGGUCAGAUGGCGUUCCACUCCACAUUGUCCAGUUGACCUUCCUGAAGCUGCUCAGUGCGACAGCCAAACAGACCUUCACCUACCACUGCCUCAACUCUGCCGCCUGGCUGCACUCCGCCUCCCACAGCCAUGAAUACGCACUGCGCUUCAGAGGCAGCAACGGGGACGAGCUGACGCAUGAAAACACACACUACAUCAUUGCACUGUAUGACGGGUGUCAGACACGCUCAGGGCAGGAGAGGACGGUGUUGGAAUUUGAUGCUCCUCUGUCCAACACACUCCCCAUCAUUGAUGUGGCUGUGUCCGAUUUUGGAAACGGAAACCAGAAAUUUGGUUUUCAAGUUGGCCCAAUCUGCUUCAAUGGUUAACUGAACCGGGGGAGCUUACAGUGGGGGUAAUUGUGUAGGAAAAGGAGCCAUGGACGCUUUUUACAUGCAGGGAGUAAACUACAUUCAAGACUUACCUGGUGCCUCAUAUUUAUAAGUCAACUUACCUACAUCAGUGUUCUUUCAUCUGAACAUUUGUUCUUGUAUACAUCCAUCCAUUCAUUCACUCAGGCUCUCCUUCAUUCAUUCAUUCACCUCUCACAGCUGACUCAGAUUGCUUUCAACACACAUACUCUACAUUUAUUCAUGUUGACCACGUCCUCCAUUACACACAUUUUUUCUUAUCACUCCUCUUUUGAAGGAGUGAGUGGUGCUCUCACAGUUUCAUGCAGUUAUUCAGUAAUUAAUAAUCAGUGAUCUUUGCACUCAAUUCCCAUCUACUGUAUACCUAAUCAUACACAGGUCUAGCCCCAGUGUGUGACUCUCAUCUAUUACAUAUACUCCAGUCGCAGAGAUAAUCCUCAAUUAAUCUGCAAAACUGAGACUUGCCGACCCUUUUAACCUUACACCGUCAAAUCAAAAUCAAGAUGUUCCGGUCCUGGAAAUAUUUCGCUUUUGUCAGUUUUUCAGGUAAACCAACUUCUUUUCAUUUAUGCAAAGAUGGUGACAGGAAUUGAUGUAGUCUCACUCACCUUCUUUGUGAAACUUGAGCCCAGUCGGUGGUCGAGUCUCUUUCACACAAAGCCAGAGCGAUGAUGCCAUUUCCUGUCACCAGCGUUGUUUAAAUGAGAGGAAUGCAUAUAGCCGCAAAACUGAUUAAUAUGAUAUUUUUCUUGCAUCGGACAGAAUUAUUUUUGAUUCCGCAUCAUUAUAAGAGUCUAUGAGGGUUUGGGAAGUGUGAGUGGGUUGGCAUGGGGUUAAAAACAGUUAGCAAAUCUCCAUUUUGCCAGUUGAUGGAAGAUUAUCACUGUGAUUUGAGUCUGUGUAAUACAUGAGAGUCACAAGCUGGAGCAAACAGAGGUCCCCAACAUUAUUAUCAGUGAAUCAUCUUCAAAAAAUACUAAAACGGCACACCCACCUUGUUGUUCUGUGUUAUCAAACCUCAAUUUGUUGUGUUGUUUUUGUUUGUUGUAAUGUUAUAAUGAUGUAUAUUGGAGUGCAAGUCAUCAUGGUGCUAUUAUUUAGCUCCUUGCGGAGUACAUUUCUUUGUAAAAGGGAACUGGGGCAGUGAAUUUUUAUAUAUUGUGAUGUUUUUUUUAACAAACCAAACUGUGGUACAUGAUCGCCUCAAGGUCUUUGUAUGCAUAUUUGUUUGGAGAAUGACUGAGUAACAUAUUUUAAUAAAGGUACAUAGUGUACAUUUAAGUUAAUAUGAUGAGAUUUAGUUUUAUUGAAUGCAUUUGCUAAACAAAGCCAACUGAGUUAAGGUUAGAGGAGCAGAUGCUGGUGAUACCUUACUUUUCCUUUAACACCCUUUAGUCUCAACAACUAAGAUCGAUUACCGUGAAACUUGCCGCAGAUAUCCAUGACCCAGAGGAAGAAUCUUACUGGCUUUGGUGAUCCUCUGACUUUUCUUCUAGCGCCACCAGCAGGCUGAUGUUUGUGGUUUAAAUAUCUUGUAUUUGGUAUAGAUUCCCAUGAAGUUUGACACAACAUUCUUGUUUCCCUGAGGAUUAAUUGGAAUAUCUCUGAUGAUCCAUUAUUUUUGGAUUGAGCACCAUCCAGAAGUGAAUAUUUUGAAAUUGUCCAGUAUUUUUGGUUUUUGGUCUAAUAACUGUAAAGCAAAAUAAAUAAAUCCCUAAAAUUGCUAGCAAAUGUUAAUGUUAGCUUAUGCAAAGUCAAGAUAGUGAACAUGGUCUUGUUAGGGCUGUAUUUGAUCUGUUA